AUGGCCACCGACUACAAAUUCGAAGGCUGGCUCGGCAAGGACCCCUCCUCCGCCAAGGGCAACAUGACCUGGGGCGAAUUCGAGCCCAAGAAAUGGCAGGAAGACGACGUCGACAUCGAGAUCUCCCACUGUGGUGUCUGCGGCUCCGACAUCCACACUCUCUCUUCCGGCUGGUUCCCCACUCCGUACCCGUGUGUGGUCGGCCACGAAAUCGUCGGCAAGGCAGUCAAGGUUGGCUCGAACGUGAAACACGUCAAAGUCGGCGACCGUGUCGGCGUCGGUGCCCAGGCUCGCAGCUGUCUGCAGAAGGAUUGUCCGGAUUGCUCUUCGGGGCUGGAGAACCACUGCGCGAGGGAGAGCAUCAACACUUAUGGAAGUGUCUAUCCGAAGGAUGAGGGAAAGUCCUAUGGUGGUUAUGCCAAUUACAACCGGACCAACGGGAGAUUCGUGUUCAAGAUUCCCGAGGGCUUGAGUUCGGCGGAAGCUGCGCCUAUGCUCUGUGGAGGUAUCACAGUCUUCUCCCCGCUGAAGAACUACGGUGCUGGCCCGGGCAAGACGGUUGGCAUCGUAGGCGUUGGUGGACUGGGUCACUUUGGACUUCUCUUCGCCAAGGCCCUCGGCGCGGACAAGGUCGUCGGCAUUUCAAGAAAGAGCGACAAGCGAGCGGAUGCUCUGAAGUUGGGCGCGGAUGAGUACAUCGCCACGGACGAAGACGAGGACUUCGCCACCAAGCACCGCCGCAGCCUGGAUCUGAUCGUCUGCACCGUCAGCUCGGAGAAGAUGCCUUUGACCGACUACCUGAUGAUGCUCAAGACCAAGGGCACCUUCAUCCAGGUCGGCGCCCCGGACGGCGGCAACCUUCCUCCUAUCAACGCCUUCACUCUCAUCCCCAACGGUAUCAAGGUUGGAGGCAGCGCGAUUGGAUCUCCCGACGAGAUCAACGAGAUGCUCAAGAUUGCAGCUGACUCGAAGAUUCAGCCGUGGAUCCAGGAGAGACCGAUGAAGGAGGCCAACCAGGUGGCUAUUGACUUCAACGAUGGCAAGCCUCGCUACCGAUAUGUCUUGGUCAACUAG